AUGCUGGACUACUUUACUUAUCAGUUUCAUGGGGCUUUAGUUUGUUUGCAUUCCAUUCCACUCUAUCAUGCAACAGAUGAUGUCGACACUCGAGCAAUUACGCGGAGAUUGAGAGAAGACGGAAACCUUAUUGGAGUCUUGAGCACAGAUAAUUCAAAAAGUGACGAAGAACUUCUCGAAAUGUCCCGUACAUGGGACAUUGUGGGUGUGGAUAUAAUCAGUGGUGUUUCAUGCAAAUCUCCUUACGAAUGGGUUGAUAGAACAGGCUCAGCUUGGGAGUUCACUGAUAAUGGAAGAAAUAAAGAAACUUUCAAUGUCGUUGCAUAUGAUUUUGGAAUCAAGCAUAAUAUACUGCGGCGCUUAGCAUCCUAUGGCUGUAAAAUUACUGUUGUUCCUUCAACAUGGCCAACAUCUGAAACUCUAAAGAUCAAGCCUGAUGGGGUUCUUUUCAGCAACGGGCCAGGAGAUCCCUCUGCAGUUGAAGUGGUAAAAGAACUUAUCAGAAAAGUUCCUGUUUUUGGUAUAUGUAUGGGUCACCAGUUGCUUGGUCAAGCAUUGGGAGGUAAGACAUUCAAAAUGAAAUUUGGUCACCAUGGAGGAAACCAUCCGGUUCGAAACCUUCGAAAUGGCUGUGUUGAGAUCAGUGCCCAGAAUCACAACUAUGCUGUUGACCCCGAGUGUCUUCCAGAGGGUGUAGAGGUGAGUCAUGUAAAUUUAAAUGAUGGAAGUUGUGCUGGUCUUGUCUCCUAA